UUCAUGUCAGAAUCAUGACCUCUACUUGUUUGAACUACGUUGGUACAAGGGAAUGGGGUGCAUGCUAUUGCUAUAAAUUAAAAAACACCCACUUCAACAACAAACCCACAAACACUUGAGUCAGACAAAAAGAUGGAAACCUCUAAUAACAACCAUGAUGCUCCUCCUCCACCUCUACUUAAAGACCUGAAGGUGACCAUCCACAAUGCCUCCAUGAUUUUUCCAUCCAAAGAGAUUGAGAGAAAGUCCCUUUUCUUGUCAAACAUUGACAAGGUCCUCAACUUUGAUGUGGAAACGGUUCACUUCUUUGGUGCCCACAAAGAUUUUCCUCCUCAUGUUGUGAAUGAGAGGCUCAAGAAUGCCCUAGAGGAUGCCCUUGUGGUUUAUGACUUCUUGGGUGGAAGAUUGAAGCUAAACUAUGACACCAAAAGAUUGGAGAUGGAUUGUAAUCCAGAGGGAGCUGGAUUCGUGGUGGCUUCCAGCGAGUACAAUUUGGAUCAGAUAGGGGACUUGGAUUAUCCAAAUCCAGCUUUUGCACAAUUGGUACAUCAGAAUAAGGAUUUUCUUAAAGAUGGUGAUGUUCCACUCUGUGUUGCCCAGGUGACAUCCUUCAAGUGUGGUGGUUUUGCAAUUGGCAUCUCUACUAGCCACACCACCUUUGAUGGCCUCAGCUUCAAAACCUUCCUAGACAACAUUGCUUCAAUAGCUGCUAAGAAGCCCUUGGCUGUCACGCCCUGCCAUGACAGGCACCUCCUAGCCGCUCGAUCCCCACCACGUGUCACCUUCCCACAUCCUGAGAUGCUCAAGCUAAGUGACCAGCUCCCAACAUGCCCCGAGUCCAACAUCUUUGAGGCCUCCACCGAACAACUUGAUUUCAAGGUCUUCAAACUAACAUCAAACGACAUCACAAAAUUGAAGGAAGAGGCUAGGAAUUCUUCAAUUAGUGGUGGCCUAAGUACUAAAUGUGUCACUGGCUUUAACGUUAUCACUGCCUACAUAUGGAGAUGCAAGGCACUUUCGUGCUACAAUGAUGAGAACCCUAAUAGGUCAUCAACUAUACUAUAUGCUGUAGAUAUACGUUCAAGAUUGAACCCUCCAUUGCCUAAAUCAUACGCGGGUAACGCAGUGUUAACUGCUUAUGCCACGGCAAAGUGUAAGGAGCUAGAAGAAUGGCCUUUUAUGAAGCUAGUUGAAAUGGUGCGUGAGGGAGCAACUAGGAUGACAAAUGAGUAUGCAAGAUCUAUCAUAGAUUGGGGAGAGAUAAACAAUGGGUUUCCCAAUGGGGAGGUUUUGGUGUCUUCAUGGUGGAGAUUAGGGUUUGAGGAAGUGGAGUAUCCGUGGGGGAAGCCAAAGUAUUGUUGCCCAGUGGUGUAUCAUAAGAAGGAUAUUAUUUUGUUGUUUCCUCCGGUUGGUGGAGGUGAAGGGGUGAGUAUUAUUGUGGCUCUUCCUCCUAAGGAAAUGGAAAAAUUCCAUGGGCUCUUCAACAAGUUCUUGACUUCACAUUGAGGGAAAUGAUGGGUCUUUCUUCCUCCUCCUAUGGAAAUGGAAAGAUUCCAUGCAUGCUUAAGUUCAUGACUUGAGAAUUAUGUCUCUCCCUCUAUUGAUAUCCUUAUUAAUAUGAUAUCUUUAGCUAUUCGCUAGUUGUUAUGUAAUAAAGUAUGAUUCUUUUUGGGUUUUAA